AUGGCUUCGAGUGAAGGGCGAAGUGCUUCGUCAAACUUGCAUCAGCAAGACCUAACCAAAUUGGAUGUUACCAAACUGUCUGCCUUGUCCCCUGAAGUAAUAUCAAGACAGGCAACAAUUAAUAUUGGUACUAUUGGUCAUGUAGCCCAUGGUAAAUCGACUGUAGUUAAGGCAAUUUCAGGAGUGCAGACUGUCAGGUUCAAGAAUGAACUGGAGAGAAAUAUUACCAUCAAAUUAGAGCGCCUGUCCGACUCAGUCAUUAAAAUGUAUCAUGAAAGGGCAAAUGAAAAAGAUGAAAAUGUGUUCUUUGAAAAAUUGAGAAGAACAAAGAAGAGACAUAUAUCCAUUGAUUCUGAAGAUGAAGAUGAUACACCCGCUUUAAAAAAACAGAAAAGAAAUAGACAAGAUUCAGAGGAAUUUAUUAUUGAAAAAAUUCUUGAUUUUAAGUUCAUAGAGGGAAAAGAAUACUUUUUUAUAAAAUGGAAAGGUUGGCCUGACUCUGAAAAUACUUGGGAACCAAUAGAAAAUCUUGACAACUGUCCCGCAGUACUAAAAGAAUUUCUUGCCAAUGAAGAACUAAAGUAUUGCCAUGAAAUUGAAAAGUUAAAGCAAGAAAUAUCGUUUGGGGAUCUACUCUGUGAAGAAAAUUUAUUAAAAAGAUUUGAUGAAGUAGAAGAAGCUGAUAUUAUAAAAUUAAAAGAUAUUUUAGUAUUAAAGUUGAUUUCAAUGAUAAUUUUACCAGAAGAUGAAGAGAAAUAUGCUACUGAACUAGUGCAAGAUGCAAGGGACACCUUACAACUAUAUGUUUUGGCUAGAAAAAGAUGUCAACAACUGAUAAAGCUGAGAAAAUGGGAAGAACAUUUGAAUCAGGUUGAUAAGUCAAAAAAAUUAAUUGUUGAAAAUACUGUUGACUUGGCUGGUCCACCUGAAAGUUUCACCUAUAUUAACCAAUGUAUUCCUGGACCAGGCAUCACAAUCCCUGAUGAACCACCAAUUGGGUGUGAAUGUACAGCAUGUAAUUGUCGUUCCAAGACUUGUUGUGGCAUGCAAGCAGGGUUAUUUGCUUAUACUGCAAACAAACGACUCCGUGUUGCCUCUGGUACUCCAAUUUACGAAUGUAACAAGGCAUGCAAAUGUUCUUCAGAAUGCUGUAAUCGUGUAGUUCAAGGGGGUCGAAAUAUAAAGUUAAGUAUAUUUAGAACAGCCAAUGGUUGUGGAUGGGGGGUUAAAACAGAACAAAAAAUUAGGCAAGGUCAGUUUCUUUGUCAAUAUGUUGGAGAAGUCAUAACCUUUGAAGAAGCUGAAAAACGUGGAAGAGAGUAUGAUGCCAAUGGUCUCACAUAUUUGUUUGAUUUAGAUUUUAAUUCCAUAGAAAAUCCAUAUGUAGUCGAUGCAGCACAUUUAGGGAAUGUCUCCCAUUUUAUUAAUCAUUCUUGCGAUCCAAAUCUUGGGGUGUGGGCUGUUUGGGCAGAUUGUCUUGACCCUAAUCUACCUAUGUUAGCUUUAUUUGCAACACGAGACAUAGAAAUGGGCGAGGAAAUAUGUUUUGAUUAUUUACAAAAAUCUUCUGAGAAUGAUGAGCUUGAAGCUAAUGGCAGUAGUAGUGUUUUAGUAACAGAAACAAAUGUAGAUGACAUUCCUAGUGGUUCAUCUUGUGAGGAUGAUAUUCCUAGUGGUUCUGAAGCCACCACUGCUAUAACACCAGUGUCACCAGUAAAGUCGCGAUUUGAAAUUCAACAACAAAAUAGAGCAAUGUUAAGAAAUCUUACUGAAUGUUACGCCAAUGCGAAAAUCUACAAAUGUGACAAUCCGAAAUGUGCGAGGCCAACAAGUUUUAUAUCGGGCGGAUCAUCCAAGGAUGAUAACUUCCCUUGCCUUAGAGCUGCGUGUAACGGCCGCUUCCAGCUCGUACGACAUGUCAGUUUCGUGGAUUGUCCUGGGCACGACAUUCUUAUGGCUACUAUGCUUAACGGUGCCGCAGUCAUGGACGCCGCGCUGCUACUUAUUGCAGGUAAUGAAUCAUGUCCUCAGCCACAGACCAGCGAACACUUAGCGGCUAUCGAGAUUAUGAAACUUAAACACAUACUUAUAUUGCAAAACAAGAUAGACUUGGUGAAGGAAGGACAAGCGAAGGAGCAACACGAACAAAUUGUGAAAUUUGUACAGGGCACGGUUGCUGAGGGCGCGCCUAUUAUACCUAUAUCUGCACAGUUGAAGUAUAACAUUGAGGUUUUAUGUGAAUAUAUCACUAAGAAGAUUCCAGUACCAUUGCGAGAUUUCACGUCGCCACCGCGAAUGAUUGUGAUUCGUUCCUUUGAUGUAAACAAACCCGGUUGCGAGGUCGAUGACCUUAGAGGUGGAGUCGCAGGCGGAUCCAUCCUUCAAGGAGUGCUAACAGUGGGCAUGGAAAUUGAGGUUCGGCCGGGUCUCGUGAGUAAAGACGCCGACGGCAAAUUGACUUGCCGUCCAAUCUUCUCCCGUAUAGUGUCCCUAUUCGCAGAACAAAAUGAGCUUCAAUACGCCGUACCAGGAGGUCUUAUUGGUGUGGGCACUAAAAUUGAGCCAACUCUCUGUCGUGCUGACCGACUUGUGGGCCAGGUAUUAGGCGCAGUUGGAGCUUUGCCAGGAAUAUUCGUGAAACUUGAGGUUUCUUACUAUCUGUUGAAGCGUCUACUGGGUGUGCGCACUGAAGGUGACAAAAAAGCUGCUAAAGUACAGAAGUUGACUAAAAACGAGGUAUUGUUGGUUAAUAUCGGUUCCUUGAGUACUGGUGGAAGAGUGAUUGCCACUAAAGCUGAUUUGGCCAAGAUUGCGCUUACUAACCCUGUGUGCACAGAGAUAGGCGAGAAAGUAGCUCUCAGUAGGAGAGUUGAAAACCACUGGAGGUUAAUUGGCUGGGGUCAAAUUCAAGGUGGAGAGACAAUCGAGCCAGCAAAGAAUUAA